AUGGUGGUGUGCGAAGUGCGGGGAUGCGCUCGUGCGAUGCUCUGUGCGAUGCGCCGGCCGGAGGACGAGGUCGGUCGCGGAGAGGACGACGAGUUCGUGGACAUCUCGCAGAUGCAGCUGCUGGAAGCGGGCCCGAGCGGCCUGUACGGUCCGCCCUACGCCGGCCCGGCGCCGCCGCUGGCGCAGCCGCAGCCCUACCGCUCGCCCGACGCGUCGGCCAACGCGUCCGUCGAUGACCUCUUCGCGCUUUACUUCACGCCGGCUACGCACGGUGAGGACGCGCUGCGGCCCAUCGGUUCGUAG